AUGCCUCGCACACGCCCCAACAUCAUCAUCACCGGUACACCGGGUGUUGGCAAAUCCAGCCACUGCGAAUCGCUCGCCGAGGCCACGGGCCUGACACACCUCUCGGUCAACCAGGUUGUCAAGGAAAAGGCGUGCCACGAGGGCUACGACGAUGAGCUGCAGACGUGGAUCGUCGAUGAGGACAAGCUGCUGGACGAGAUCGAGCCGCAGCUGGAGCUGGGCGGGAAUAUCAUCGAUUGGCAUGUGUGCGAGGUGUUCCCUGAGCGCCUGGUGGACCUGGUCGUAGUAUUGCGCGUGGAUUCGCAACUGCUUUAUGAUCGGUUGAAGGCGAGAAAUUACCCAGAACAAAAGUUACAGGAAAACCUCGACUCGGAGAUCAUGCAAGUGAUCCUCGAGGAGGCGCGCGAAUCCUACAGUCCGGAGAUCGUGAUCGAGCUGCGCAGCGACAACGCCGACGAGAUCGACAGCAACGUCGAGAGGAUAACACAGUGGGUCAAAGCCUGGGAGUCCGACCAUCCCGCGGGUGUAUAG